AUGUCCGAGAACACAGCUCAGGAUAUCUCCACACUGGUCUCACAGGAGCUUUCCAAGACCCCCUACGAGUGCUCUUCUCUCACCCGGCUCAGCGGAGGAACGGCCAACUUCGUCUAUCGAGGUGUUCUCGCUCGGCCACUCCAGGAUGGGACGAAAACCAUUAUUAUUAAACACGGAGAGGAAUUUGUUGCUUCGAAUCGAGACUUCAAGCUGACUACAGAUCGCUGCCCGAAGCUGUUCGAAGAGACUAUUUUAAAAGCCUUGAAUGACUUCCCCGCUACAACUGAUACGGACACGGACAACAAUACCAGCUGCACAGUCAAGACCCCUCGUCUGGUUCAAUUCAACCGUGACACUAAUACUCAGAUCCUCGAAGACCUGCCCGGAGCGUUGGACCUAAAGUCUUUUAUGCUCCUUCCCACAAACUCGCAAAAUGUCUCGCGCGAACUGGCCGCGUCUAUUGGCCGUGCGUUGGGGAAAUGGUUGCUCUCUUUCCACACUUGGGCCUCAGAAGAGUCUCAGAAAGAACUGGCCAAGACGAUGGAGAAGAAUGAGGUCAUGCGCGAUAUCAAGUUCAUGGUCAACUAUGACAAUGUCGUUAAGAUGGUUGAUCAGUUUCCAAAUUUGCUUAAAGAGAGCCAGCAUAUCCUUGGCGAAGUCAAGAAUGUGGCAGCGGCGGAGCUGGGUCGGAAAGAUGGGAAGGAGUUUGGAAUAAUUCACGGAGACUUUUGGUCAGGAAACGUUUUGAUACCAAGCACCGCAUUGGAUCAGCAAAAUGAUAUUCCUCUCUUGGUAACGGACUGGGAAUUAUGCCACUGCGGUUCCCGAGCGCUCGAUCUGGGCCAGAUGGUGGCCGAGCUCUACCAGCUCAAGCAUUUUUUGAACAUCGAUGCAGGAGUCUGGCUCAUUGAGGGGCUGCUUGAUGGCUACGGCCCCGUGGAUGAAGACAUGGCUUUCCGCAUCGCCAUCCAUAUCGGCGUUCACUUCAUUUGCUGGGGCAGCACCAUUCCCGGCUGGGGUACCAAUGACCAAGUUGAAGGAGUGGUCAAGCUUGGAAGAGACCUCGUUGUCAAGGGCUGGCAGAAGGAUCGGGACUGGUUUGGGGAAGGUUGGUUGAAGUGCUUGUUUCCUGUGGCUUAG